AACUCUAGACAAGAACGGCAAAGAACGUUAAGAAACCGAGGUGAAAGUGCCAAGAGACCUGUAAGCGCCAGCAAGCAGCAAGCAACGUUGCAAAGAACUGAGCACAACAGUUGCCAAGCAACAACCACGCUGAUUGCCGCAACAUUGUGUGAAGCUGUCAAACACUUUGACACUCACCCGCGACUUCACCGCGCACAUCAGGCAGCCAGGAGCAACAGCUGUUGCUGGUCACACACACACACACACACUUAACAUAAACACACACAGAUAAAAUGCCACACACUCAGUUCCAAAGAUGGCUGUACACCUGCCUGUUGGUGAGUGUAUUGCCCACGUUGUGCCUGGGCCUAUUGGAUGGUCUCUAUUGUGGCAAGGAAAACUGCUACGAUGUGCUGGGCGUCACACGUGAAUCAUCCAAAUCGGAGAUUGGCAAAGCAUAUCGACUGCUCGCCCGCAAACAUCACCCGGAUCUGCAUCGUGGCGAGGAGGCCAAGGCGUUGGCCGAGGAGCAGUUCAAGCUGGUUGCUACUGCCUAUGAGAUAUUGCGCGAUGAGGAAUCACGCACCGACUACGACUACAUGCUGGACAAUCCAGAUGCGUACUAUGCGCAUUACUAUCGCUACUAUCGUCGACGUGUGGCACCCAAAGUGGAUGUGCGUGUGGUGAUUGUGGUUACGCUGACUAUCAUCUCGGUGAUCCAGUACUAUUCCGGCUGGCAGCGUUACGACGCGGCCAUCAAGUACUUUGCAACCGUGCCCAAAUAUCGCAACAAGGCGCUAGAUAUCGCACGCGAUGAGAUCCAGGAGCGUGUGCACAAUCGCAAGGGCAAGAAUCGCUUAUCGAAACCAGAACAAAAGGAGGAACUGGAGCGCAUCAUACGCAAGGUCAUCGAGGAGAAAAUGGACGUGCAGGGUGGCUAUGCAAAGCCCACGCUGUGGGAUGUACUCUGGGUGCAGCUGCUCAUCUGUCCAUACACUCUAUUCAAUUUUAUUGUGUGGCAUGCGUUGUGGUUCUGGCGCUUUACGGUGCUUAAGCAGCCGUAUGGCGAGGAGCAGAUGCUUUAUUUGAUACGCCGUAACAUGGGCAUGGGACAGCAUCAGUUCAAUUCCCUGGGUGACAGAGAGAUCGCUGAGUAUAUGCAGAUGGAGCUGUGGCAGCGUGACAAAUUUAUGGCAUGGAAGGCCGAUCAGGAUGAGGAAAUGAAGAAGAAGCUGGCCGAGAAUCCGCGCUACAAAGCCUACAGGCGCUACAUGAAGAACCAUGGGCCCGGGCGCAUCACCUUUGAGGAUUAGGAUGGCGCCUGUUGUUGGAUUGUUCAAGUUUUAUUGUUCCAUCUCGUCGCCAUUGGCAACCUGUAAUUUAUUAUAUUAUCGUGUUCGUCACCCAAAAACUUUUGAUUUUAAUUAAUUUUUUUUGAAUUUUUUUUUUUUGUAACGUUUUUAUACGAUUUUUGAUGUGAAGUUUUGCAAUAAUUUAAAAAUAAAUUAUGUUAAUAAUUCUGUAAAGCCGUUGGACACUGCCCAUGGGCCCCAUGGCCAAAAACGUUGACCUCGCCGCAAACCGGUUCAAAACGUGCUUACUCGCAUCUCAUCAUCUUCUCGGCAACAGCAGCAGCAGUAGCAGCAGCAACUGAGAAGAACGUGCGAAUCUGAAACCGAGAACCAGACAACCCGAGAACUUCCCCAUUUUUACAAAUUGUUAGCUCAAUUUUCCGAAUUUUUAUAGCAAAUAUACAAGUACAUAUUA